AUGGAUCAAACCCAAGCAGGGGGGCUUCUUGAUCCUCCUGAACUCACACCACUGGAGCAAGAGGUUUUGGACGAGUACGAACGCUUGGCCGAUAACAUGAACAAACUCGCCACUGUCCUCGAACAUCUUGCUUCGAACCCUAGCACAGAAAUUCUUGACGGUCUUCGUGAGCUCGAGCGCAAGACGAGUCUAGCCUUUACUCUUCUCAAAGCCAGUGUUUACAGCAUAGUCUUGCAGCAGGAGAUUGACUGGGGUGAUGGAUCGACAGCGCAAUAA